AUGAAUGUUGCUGCUGCUGCUGCUGGUGUGUUGACUUGUAGUAUUUUAUUGUGUAUAGGUUCAGCUGUUCUAAAAACUCUUCAAUACAUCCAACAUUGUUCACUCAUAACGAUCAUUAAAAUGAUAUGUGAUGAAGCAUCAAUUUCAACCCUCUUGGAAAUAAUAUCGAGACAAGGAAUGGAAGAGAAGAUGCUGAGAUUAACCAUUCGAAUAAAUAAAAUUGAGGAUUUCUGA